UCGCCCAAUUUUUCAUUCACCAAAGUUUAAUUAUACCUAGAUGAUCAAAUAAAAUUUAAGGCAUUAUAAAGAGCUAUAAGAGAUAGAAAUUCACGAGAAGUAAAUAAUAAAACAAUGACUUCAUUUGCUGAAGUGACGAGACAAGUUCAUCUAUUAAACGAUUUAAUUUUGUCGGACAUGACUUAUGUGAACAGUGACCAUCCGGAGGAAAACUUAGAAUUCAGCAAGCAUAUGCUUGCAACAAAAUACUGGUUUGCACGCAUUUCUUGCGCCAACAAAAAGCGAUUUGUACUAGCUCUAUUGGAAGAUGUGCGUAGUAUUUGGACCCUGUCACUGCUUCUGAAGUCAAUAUGGAAUUGUCGACCUAAAGACGCCGUCAUGUCUGUAUGCGAGCCCAGAGUAUGGAGCAGCUACGACCAAGUACCCAUGGAUCACGAUAGAACUGCUUUGCCUUUAUCAACCCUUGUAGAAGUUAUGAUGAGUGACAGGAAAUGGUUUCAAACUCUCGAACCUGAACGUCAAGCUUUAGCCCUCUCGGAGUUGCUAACAGUCGCCGGUGGUCCUGUAAUGUGGGAGGUCCUGAAACGCGCACAACAAAUCUACGAGCAGCAUGUCCAGAUACAGUUGGAAGAUCUACAAGAAUGUGUGGUCGUCCAAGAACAGAUACCGCUAAAAAAAUCUGUUUCUGUUGAAACAACUCCGGUAAAGAAGGAACAAGCAGUAAAACCUAAAAGUUCUCCGGAAGCUGGUUCGGCAAAACUUUCGUAUACUCCAGCUCCUGCUCAAGCUCAAAAACAGUUGGAAACGAAUUUAGCACUAUGGGCGACUACAGUAAAAGCAAUGAAAGAGACCAUGAAGUUAGAAGAAUUAGAAAUGACGUAUAAGAAUGGAAUGACGAAGAAGAUUUGGAAAGUGAAUCGUCCAAGGCCAGAAGCGGUUGAGACCGUCGACUUCAUCCAGUUACUUCCCUCAUCUAUAAGUAGGCGUAUUCUAGUACAUUUGCCAACCACUCAGCUUGGGGACUGCGCCCGCGUCAACAAAUACUGGGCAUUUUUAGUUGACGAGAUCCGGGCAGAACUGCUUGCGAGACAAAAAAUCGAUAUCGAAUUGGAAAAACUGCGAGAGAACAUGAUUAAGCACGACAGAAGUCUAGAACUAUUGAAUAAGUCUGAAUUUGGACAAUCGACACUAGGAACUAGCAGGGAAGAGGUCGCGAAGACGAGCGAGCACUUCAGCUAUCGCAGCAACAAGUCCUGUGCUUUGUCGCUACGGACCAUGAUGAAUUUGCAGCAAGCGAAAAAACCACGUAUUCACAUUAAACCUAUUCGCAAUAUGGCAGAACUAAAUGAGCGCUUGGAGAGACGUGGUGCUGCUGAUGAAAAUAUAUGGAAAUGGUGCAAAAAUGUUCUCAAAAUCAGUGAGAAAUAUGGGCAAAGACAAAUACCAGUGGAAAAGGGAGGGAUAUUGUCGAUGGUAACAGAAAUGUUCCCGGGUCCAGUGGUGACUAAAACUGUCAAAAUACCGCUUGAUUAUCCACUUUUAGUGGACCCAACCCGUAACGUUCCACUGCCUGCUAAACCUGAAGCGAUUGUUACAUAUUCAGAAGAAGCAAGUAUUCCCGAUCAAGAAAAAAACAAACGUUACACGCUUUGGUCGAAAGAUUUUUCAAACCUGUAUCCUGUUUGCAAGAUUUCUUCUCAUCACCUUUUUAAUCCUAAAUAAUGUGGAUCACGCUGUGCGAUAGCAAUAUUAUUAUUGGUCCUAGUGAUAUUGAUUAUUAUUAUAUUUUAUUGUGUAGUUACCUACCCAGUGCAGAUUGCUAUGCUAUGCUAUUAUUAGUUAGGUAUCUAAUGCUUGUUUAGUUAAAUUUAAAAAAUACGACGUGAUCUUACCUCCUUAUUUGUUAUUAAUGUAAUAGAAGUGUUUUUAUACAA